AUGUCUUCAUUGAAUGAUUACAAUGGCGCUUCCAGCAGUGUUCUCGCGCCUCUCAAUCGCUCUCUCAUCCUGCCGCAGAUCUUAGACUUUCACCUUGAAAAUCCUGAGAACAGCCCAGCCUUCUCGUUCGCCAAAGAAGAUCCUCAGUCGGGAGUCGUCCUAACCGACAUCACUCGCUUUGAAUUCGCACGGGCCGCCCAUCGCGCCGCUCACCUGAUAUCAGCAGAGAUACAGGUCAGAGAGAGGGGACGAUUCGUGGCGAUCGUUGCUCUCGCGGACGUUCUCAUUUAUCAAUCCAUCGUCGUAGGAUGCAUCAGAGCAGGCCUUACUCCUUUCCCAAUUUCUCACCGCAACUCACCCGCAGCGAUCGUGCAUUUGCUCCAGUCGACCAACUGUCAUCGUGUCCUCACUACACGAGCCUCCCUGGGACACCUCAUUGCCGAUGUGGUAUCUGAGCUUGCUGCGAAGGAUCUGACGUAUGAGUUGUCUGUGGACGAGAUCCCUUUACUGGGAGAGCUGUACCCUCAUCUCGGGCACGAGUCUGUAGCUGACGAAUUUACGCCGUACCUGGUCUCUGACCCCAUUCCACCCGCAACCGACAUCGCAUUGUGCUUGCACUCCAGUGGAAGCACAGGAUUCCCCAAACCGAUUCAUGUGUCCCAUCGUCUGUUACUAGAGAUAUCGACUCUCGGUGCAUUCAACCAGCUCACAGCGUACGCACCUCGCUUCGCGAUCGGUACUCUACCGCCAUUCCACGCUAUGGGCUGCCUUAUGCAGAUCCUCUUCCCGUUGGCAAAAGGCGGCACGGGAUGUAUCUUGCCUCCCGCUUCGACAGCGACAGAGUACCACGUCCCACCCAACCCGACGUCAGAUCUUGCCCUGCACCAUUCAAAGCUCGCGAGAGCUGAUGGAGUGCUUGCCGUCCCUGCGUUCAUCUUGGAUUGGGCUCGUUCUACGGAAGCGGUGGACUAUCUGAAGAGCUUGAAUAUAGUCUCAUUCGGUGGAGGGCCAUUGACGCUCCAGGUUGGCGACGAACUCGUUGAGCAAGGUGUGAAGCUUGUAACGCUUUAUGGGGCUACGGAAUUCGGCAUGCCGAAUGUCAUACGGGCUGAUGACGAUCCUCGAGACUGGGCGUGGUUCAAGUUCGCAGAAACAGCGAAACUUCGAUGGGUCCCAGAGGGAGAUGUCAACACAUUCGAGCUCCAGUUCCUGAGCGGCGACGGCCUUCACCCGGCAGUGGAGAAUCUUCCCGAUGUCCAGGGCUAUUCGACCAAGGAUCUGUUCGAACGGCAUCCCACAAGACCCGAUCUUUACCGGGUCGUUGGGCGGCUCGAUGACGUGCUCAUUAUGGCCAACGGAGAAAAAACGGUGCCUGGCCCAAUGGAAGACAUCAUGCUUUCUAGCCCUCAUGUUUCUGGGGCCGUUAUGUUCGGUCGCGAAAGAAACCAGGUCGGGGUGCUGAUCGAGCCCAGCGCGGGAUAUGAGGUGAACACCACAGACACUGCAGAGGUUGCCAAGUUCCGGAAUCUUGUCUGGGAGAAGGUGCAAGAAGCGAAUGAAAGUGCGCCUGCGUUUGCCCGGAUCUAUAAGGAGAUGAUCCUUGUUGCUUCUCGUGCGAAACCUCUCAUCCGCACACCGAAAGGCACUGUUGUCAAGAAAGCCACCGUUGCCUUAUAUCGUGCCGAGAUUGACGCGCUGUACGACACGAUCGAUGCUAGCACUCAUUCCGCAAACGAGAUAGCUCCUCCUCCCAGCUGGACCUCACCUGACCUCGUUCCGUGGCUGUCAGCACACGCUUCAUCGCUCUCGGACAAGGAAAUCCACCCGGGAGGUGAUAUCUUUGACCAGGGCUUCGACAGUCUCAACGCGACUUUCCUCCGGCAUCGUAUUGUUGGCGCGAUGAACAAUUCAUCAAACCUGGACUUCAAGACCGCUGCACUCAAGAUUCCGCAAGAUUUCGUGUAUUCGCAUCCCACGAUCGAGGCUCUCGCCGCCGCUGUGUCUGCUCUCUGUCUCGGAACGCAUUUGGAAGCUGUGGACCCCAAGGUUGCUGUCGAACAGAUGAUCCUCAAGUAUUCGGCCGGAUUGAGCGGUAGCUUGCGCGCGAAAACGCGGCCGGAAAGUGGCGAGGUCGUGUUAUUGACCGGGUCGACUGGUGGUCUCGGCUCUCACUUGCUCGAGAUCCUGCUUAAGCACCCGUAUAUUCGCCGCGUGUACGCAUUGAACCGGUACAGCUCUCGUGCGAGUUCGGCCUCUCGGCAAAGCGCUGCGUUUUUGGAGCGUGGGCUGGAUGCGAAGCUUCUGCUCGACUCGGACAGACUCGUAUUCCUUGAGGGUACUGCUGCCGAUUUAGACCCGUCUGCGUUCGAGACUGUGAGCGCGUUCAUCUUCCCCCUUGCUCUGCAGUACUCACCAGCGUUGAAGCUAAGGAACACUAUCAGCGUGAUCAUUCAUAACGCGUGGACUCUCGACUUCAACAAGUCGCUGGCCUCGUUCGAGCCCCACAUCAAAGGCACGCGCAACUUGAUAGAUCUUGCCCUUGCAUCGGAUGCUGGAGUCCGCCUCCUCUUCACGUCAUCAGUCGGGACUGCUGUCGGCUGGGAUCCGAAACGAGGUCCAUUUCCGGAAGAGCUGCAGCUGGACCCGAGCGCUGCGCUGGGUCUUGGUUACGGGGAGAGCAAAUAUGUAGCCGAGCGGAUCAUCGCUGCCUCCGGACUGGAUGCCACCUCCUUUCGCAUUGGCCAAAUCUGCGGCUCUGCUCGAACAGGAGCCUGGUCCACGUCCGACUGGGUUCCGAGUCUGAUCAAAUCCAGCAUCGCGCUGGGUGCUUUACCGUCUGAGCCAGCCGGAAUGAACGCGUGGCUCUCGCCUGAAGCCGUGGCGCAAGCCAUUGUCGAUGUUGCGCUGUGCGAGGUCCGUGCGCCUGGUGCGAUGAAUCUCGUCCAUCCCAGACCCGUUACAUGGGACACCAUCAUGAGUGGGAUUGCGGGCGCCCUCCAUCUCCCGCUGAUCGCAUUUCCGGAGUGGAUCGAACGGCUCAAGACGGCCGCGGUGGAUGCGACAGCGGAGGACUUUGAGCGAGUGCCCGGCAUCAAGCUGCUCGAGUUCUUCCAGUCAGCAGAGGUCGGAACGGGUGCCGUGCGGUUUGCGACGUCGGUGUCGCAAGAGUAUAGUCCGGCCUUCAGAGACUUGAAGCCUCUAGACGUGGACGACGCGGAGAGAUGGAUUGGAUUCUGGCGCGAGAAGCAUUUCAUCUAGACCACUAUCAUAAGUUCUGUAAUUUUCUGCCAGCCUUGAUCACUCAGAUCUGAGACACGGACGGAGCACACCAUCACAAUCUGAUUGGCAAUGAUGAGCAGAAGCAGGAUGGAUGUUACACAGCCAGGCAAUAAAAGUUCGCUGGGAGCAUUUCCCGUCAACUAGCACAGAGAGCACGUAUCUAGUACUAUACUGCUGCUCCUACUGCUACUAGUGCUGCUGCUGCUGCUACUACUACUGUUACCAUUAAUACUCGCUAUGUACCCCGAGACGAGCUGAUGCUGCAGGCCCUGGAAGCUCUUGCCAGUGCAUCGAUUUGAGACCCGACACCUUGAGUUAAGUCUAAGCCAGGUACCGAGGCAACUUGGCUGGCGUAGUCUCUUUCCAUCUCACAGUGCGGCCAGGUGACUUGCCUCAUUCGCGCAGAUGCAAUGCAACUCGCUCGAUUGCGUAAUUCCCAUGUA